ACCAGUUGAGCGACGGCGGUGGAGGGUGGUGGUACCAGAAGUUGUAAAGUGCCUGCGCGAAGCCGAAGCACCUCUCGCACAGCUCUCUGAUUGGAAAAUUAGCGAUUGACUUACCCGUGCCAGUACGACGGCGAUCAUCAGUUACGGGCCAGUUUCUGCCGCGAAAACACGUUCCAUCCAUCCGCGCGAGUCCCAACAGGACAGGAAGAGUGUUCAUCAUCUUGCGCGCGUCUCGCGGUGGCGGUUAAUUGCCCGGUUGGUUGUGACUUUAAGCUGGUGCCUGCUUUGAGACCAGUUGACACGAUCACGUCCGUCGGAGAUAGCUAGUAGAUCGGUUAUUUCUUCCGUAGAACUGUAUCCAAGUAACCCAACGAGAAGUUGCAUCGCGUGUGCAUGCAAGGACUGUUGAGAUUUUCGAACUGUCCGAAUUUGGUGAAAUCAAAUUCUACGCGCCUACUGCGAUUCUAUAUUGAAUAUUUGCUAGAGUGGUUCUCCUACCACCCACUUUGUUGCCCACGUUCGUUGUGGUUGAACGAGUUUCCUAGUGAAGUGAAGUGCAGUGUGAUCGGAAAACAAGCAAGUGAAACUAAACGAAUCAGGUGCAUUUUAUUUUGAAGAAGCACAUGUAAUCGGUUGGAUUUUUGGCGAUCGGAGCGGUUUUGCCUGUCUUCAGCUUCUGCGGCGUGUUGUGCCUUGGAAUGUUUUCGUUGAACAUGUGGAUGCGGAUUGUUUGAGCAUCCAGGUGCGGAAGUGACCACCGGCCUCUAACCAGAAGCCUUCAAAUUAUUCGCACCUACACCAAUUAUCUAGCACCGCACCAUUCCUAGCCGAGCAUCAUUAAGUUUCGCGUGAAAAGCCAUGCCCUAGCCCAGGAUCUAAUUACUACUAUGGCAUUGUACACCGGGAUCGAUGAUCUUCUCACCACAAACUGGAUCAACUUCACUCCAAUUCCAUUCUACUCGCGAAUCCUGCUAUUGCUCUUACUCCAGCUAGAUCUCCCGGACAGCCGAGUCGAUAUCUAGCCAUACCUCCGAGCACACGCUCGAUCGUGAGACUUCGAAACAAACAUAAAUUACGACGCACUUGUGUGUGGGUCGAUACGCACACGCACCGAGCAUCAUCCGGUUGUUACAAAAAUUCAAGUGCUGGGAAAAUCGAUCGCAGUUACUCGUCCAGGUGACGAUCGGACGGACGGAUCUCUGGCGGGCGCUCAGAGCUACAUCCGUUCAUUCAUCAUCGGUCGUCGUGGGAUUCGAUCUAGUUGGCGUGCGUUCUGUCCGAUAUCAGUUCCCUCUCAUCGAACCCCUCACCAAUGCAGUGCAGUGCAGUGCAGUGCAAAGCCAGAGUUUCAAAGAAGGAAAGCCGCAAUCAUUGAAGAAUAUUUAAAUUAAUUCGUCAGAAGCAAAUCAGUGAGUUAUUAAGGAGAGGGCAGGAAGAGCGUAACGAGCUGCCGGGUGAUGAAUGAGCAAAUGAGAUGAUAGGAAUUAAUUAAAAUGUGUUUCAUGUGAUAAGUGACUCGUGUGUAUUCCUCCUCUGCAUAAGCGAUAUUCCUCGACGAUUAAUGUAACAAAAUAAAGAAGAAAAAAGAAGCAAUAAAUAUAAAUAUGGUUAAUUAAUAAAAGCCACGGAGCAGAGACACAAAGCCUGCUGGGAUUCGGGAUUGUUCUCCCAUUACGCUACCGACUGGCCACGAGUGUGCAAGUGAGUGCCGUCAAAGGGGUCUCGCAAGCAGCGACGAACCCGCUUACCUGGGCGCCUCUGUGUUUUUACUAAAGUUGUGCAAACGAGUUGUAAAAAAGAAAAUACAAAAUUUACGAUCGAAUUUCGCGGAAUUGGGCAUACACGCAAAUUUUUCAUUUCUGUUUUCGGGAGUGAAACCGUGCAAAAAAAAAAAUAAAAAGCUUGACGUCGAUGGUGAUUUAUUGCCCUCCGUGUGUUAUUACUGUUGCCGUAGUAAAGCUGAAUCCGUGACUCGAUAUAGAGGAUUUAAAAUUGGUGUUGAUACCGUUCGAGAUUGUUUGAGACGACGUCGACGACGCACCCCGAGGCAGGAUGACCCCGAAGGAGUGGCUGGCACUGUUUGCCUUCUACGCCGCUUAUCUGUUCUUCGGGUCGAGCGUGUUCUAUCAUAACGAACAUGCGCUGGAAACCGAGAGGCGCGCCGAAAAGCUAGCCGAGCGGAUCGAAAUGAAUGAACUGCUUACAAAGUACCUGGCGCCUCAUGACCACGAACUGCAGCAGGAGCUGUUGGUUCGCAUUUCCGAUUACUGUAACAAUAAGGUCACCAACUACACCCUGGACGAGUACGUGGAUCCGUACGUGUGGAACUUUUACCACUCGUUCUACUUUGCGUUCAUCGUGUGCUCUACCAUUGGCUAUGGCAACAUCUCACCGAACAACACCUUCGGUCGAAUUUUCAUGAUCUUCUACGCCCUGAUUGGCCUCCCGGUGAAUGGUUUCUUCUUCGCCUAUUUGGGCGAUCUUUACUCAAAAACGUACAUCCGCUUGUAUCGUCGCUACAAGCAGUUCAAACUGUCCUCCAACACCCAGUACGUCCCGCAUAAGGUCAGCUUCAUUGGGCAAAUCAUCCUGUACCUGAUUCCGGGCAUCGUGAUAUUCAUCUUCGUACCGGCUGUCAUCUUUUGCUACUUUGAAAAGUGGCCCUACGAUGUGGGAGUGUACUAUGCAUUUGUGACAUUGACCACGAUUGGAUUCGGGGACUACACGACGACGUUCCAGGCUUCGCAGGAGCACGAGUUCGGGGCGGCCUUCGUGUACUACCAGAUCUUUAUAAUAUUGUGGUUCUUCUCCGGUGUCGGCUAUGUCUUCAUGAUAUUGGGUUUUAUAGCAAAGGGAUUGGCACACAAGAAGGUUCAGCGACUGGAGAAGAUUCUGGCUCUGAACGUGAAGGCCACUCAAAGCCGGGUAUGGAAUGGCGUCACACGAGAUAUCAGCUACCUGAGGAAAAUCCUGAACGAGGUUUAUAUGCUAAAGUUUAAGCCCGUUUUCGAGGAGCCAUCCGAUCGCUUCGCCAGCAUGAACCUCAGUCGGUCGGAUUCCUGCCCGGAGCUGUCCAUGUACCGCGAGGAAGAUGUGGAUCCCGUAGAGAUCAGCCGGAAGCGUGCCUUCUCGAUGAGUAUGAUGGCAACGGCGGAACUUCGUCAGCGCACCAAAUCCACCGUUAGCAUCCCAUCGAUCCGACGUCUAUCGGACAGUGAUCUCAGCCGAAUCAACAGGACGAAGACCUUCGGCAUCCAUGCGUUGGUUCAACCUGCCGAGCUGCUGGCGAAGGUCGUAUCGGCGCUGGCCAAUAUCAGCACCAUCGACGAGGAUGAUCAUAGUAUCCUGGAACACGCCACGUUACAUACGGGCAUCAACUGCUUCUCGGAUUCGCAGAUAUUGGCUAGUGAGCAAACGUGGUCCGGUUGGUCGAAUAACGGUUCUGAUAAGGCCUACCUUACGACGCCCCCUCUGGGACGACAACGAGCGUCCUCGGACAUCGGACUCGCUCCGCAUCAAACACCAGGAAACCCUUACGACUGGACUUGGAGUGGUGGAGAUGCCGUGCAGAUCAAGGAAAUGAUGAAGAUCCGUCAGAAGGCCCUCAAGUCCCGGGACAACCUACUUCGGACGGCCUUAUCCAACAGCAAACAGCAGUUUGGAUCGAAUAUUUCCGUCACCACGCCACCGCUCCGUACGGAACGCCUCGCGUCCUUCUCGGCGAUGAACCGCAAGCUUCUGCAGCGAUUGAAUCCCUUCAGAAAAACUUCAACGGUAUCCGAAACAAAAUCCAGUUCUAUUUACGACGUGGAGGCUGGUCGCCCCAUCGAAACUUACUUGUCGAACACUUCCCGAGGAAGAGCUUCGAUGUUCAACUUCUCUCAACAACAGUAUUUGUCGACAAGUUCCAGGGGACGAGGUAGCAUGAUGUCCCUUCCACCGUCCGAUGAACAUCUCCUGGAGACGACCACCAUUGGCGAUCUGAUUCGAGCCCUGGAAAUAGCCCAUACGCAAGCAGCCAUGCCAAACUUCGUUGGCAAUACACCGAAGCGCAAGCUCGCAACAUCAAAUCCCCCUCAGAUGCCGCCGUCGGUGAUGUCGAUCUUUGCGAACCAACCGUCGCGGGAUGCCGUCUCGCGAAGAGGAUCGCUCAAAUUGCCACUAGGUCAAUCGUUGAGCAAUCCACUCCAAUCUAGUCCUCACAGCCAUAGUCCAGGGUCUUCCUCGUCGUACCGUCCGGCGAAUCCUCCGCCCUACAAUACCGCUUCCGCUUACCCAACCUCCCCGAAACCUCUUCGGCGACGUUUCAGUGUCCGCCUGUCCAGCCUUGCCUACCCACCGGGUCAGUGUCCUCGCUCGGGAACUCCCUUAGAUACCUCCAGUCCUCUUACCUCCUCAACCUCGUCACUUCACAAUCCCACCACAAGCCUCCAACGGAAACUCUCCAACCGUCCCAGCCCCCUGGCCAGUCAAAACCAAAACCUCUUGACGGUUCCGUCAACCGUGGGCGGCGGCAGCGGCUCCAAAUCCUGGCGACCCGCUCUACUUCGGUCGGAUUCGGAUCAAACGGCCUGCUUUUCACCCAUUCAGCGAAUUACGCCCUCUAUGAUCGGAACCCGCUGUCGCCAUAGUAGCCUGUGCCACAAUGACGAUGCCAGAACCAAGGACGACAGCGGAAACAGCUGAUCCGAAUCUGAGGCCACCUUGAUUUAAUCUUUUUUUUUCGUAGAAAACCGAGUGACAAAUGAAACUAAACAGUAUUGCCUUAUUAUAACAAAAAAAAAACAUAAUUAGUGAAACAAACAAGUGUGAGAAAGUGAUCAUCAGUGAGUAACGCAAUUUUUAGGAAAUCUAUUCCAGCCAGUCAGUCAUUAGGUUGUCGUAAGUGCCAAUGAGACCAGACCAACUUAAUUAUUAGGCAUCGCUAGUGGGAUAAGUUUUAUGAUAGGACUACAUUGAAUGUAUUUUAUUAGUACAAUUUGACCAUUCCAAAUGGAGCAUAUAGUUAAUGUUAAUGAAUAGGCAUUGAGGAUGAAAUUUGAAAUGAUGCUGCGCAGGUCGAAGCUCGUAUUUAUAUAACAUAUAUAGCAGCGCCAUAUUGAGUUUAAGAAAGACAGUGAGCAUAAUGUUGGCUGAUGAAAUUGUAAAGCUUUAGGAUGAGAAAAAAUAAUGAGACUUUUGAGUAAAGGUGCAAAGUUAC